CUCACUGGUUUUGUGUUAUGAUGGUUGUGAUAUCGGUAGUUAGGCGACGGGCCAUAUUGACGCGGUACGACGAUCGUCUGUCGUGAGGUCAGUCCAGUCAAGUUGGCGGGUGCUGCCAUCUGGACGGACCCAAACUUAUUCGCCUUCCUCCCUCCCGUCGGCCAUGCUCUCUCACGCGCUCCCUCCCGCCUCUCGAAUCCGUCUUGCACAAGACAAAUGGUGGCGCGGAGCAUACAGGAGACGUUGCGGGCGGUGGUGGGCGUGCCCGAAGAUGUACACACCGUCUUGGAGAUCAUGAACUCACUCUCGUCGAACGAUGGUGUUGGUGAGGCAGUCUCGGACACACCCGUAAGUUGGGACUUACUUGAGGAGGCGGCGGUGAGGACGGAACUCAUGGAACAAGUGCCCCAGAUCGCGGUGCUGUGCCACGAGUACCCGGAACACCUGGGCGGGGUCGUGGCCAACAACCUGGUGCCCAUGGUAGUCAAGUACCUCACAGACCCCAAUAACCAGGUUCGCAAGACGUCACAGGCGGCGCUGCUGGUUCUGCUGGAGCAGGAGCUGGUGUCCCGCUCGGACGUGCACGACCAGGUGUGCCCCGUCAUCCUGGACCUCACCUGCCCGGACGCCAUGGACGACUUCAAGACAGAGGCUGUGGCGCUCAUGUCCAAGAUGGCGCCCCUGAUCGGGCGGGAGAUGACCGAGCGGCUGUUCCUGGAGCGGUUCACGCGCCUCUGCUCCGACGCCCUCUUCCAGGUCCGCAAGGUGUGCGCCUCCAACUUCGGCGACUUCUGCAGCGUGGUCGGCACGCAGCCCACCGAGGAGGUCCUGGUGUCCCGGUUCGUGUUCCUGUGCGAGGACGGCGUGUGGGGCGUGCGGAAGGCGUGCGCCGAGGUCUUCAUGGGGGUGUCGUGCGCCUGCUCGCUCCCCACCAGGAAGAACAAGCUCUCCCCGCUCUUCGUCUCCCUGCUCACAGAUCAGAGCAGAUGGGUGCGCGUGGCGGCCUUCCAGAACCUGGGCCCGUUCAUCAGCACCUUCGCCGACGCCGCCGUCACGGGCCUGCACUACAACGAGGAGGGCGCCCUCGUCAUCGGUACGCCGCAGGGACCCGCCGCGCACGCGCAGGA